ACGGCUUCUGAUUGGCUGAUUCGGCUCCACACCGUACAACAACGGCGCGGUGGGGUCACGUGACAGCAUCUGCUGCUGGCUGAGCGAAGCGUGUUAGCAGAUUUUUCUAUUUUGUACAUACAUUGUUUUGUAUAUACUGUAUAUGAUGACUUCAGUGGUCAGCAACCAAUCCCGGGGGACUCGGGACAAAAUGCUGCCCACCACCACACAAACAACACAACCACAGAAACAGAUACAGGCCACAGCAGAACAGAUUCGUUUAGCCCAGAUGAUCUAUGACAAAAAUGAUGCAGACUUUGAGGACAAGGUCAAACAGCUGAUUGAGGUUACUGGGAAGACUCAAGAUGAGUGCAUGGUAGCCCUCCAUGACUGCAAUGAAGAUGUAAACAGAGCCAUCAAUUUCCUGCUGGAGAGCACCUCUGACACAAACUCCUGGGAAACUGUGGGGAAGAAGCGGAACAUUGGGAAAGAAGGAGGACCCUCAGAGAUAAAAGACAGCAGGGAGAAGAGAGGACUAGAGAGGGAGACCAGUCGUGGACGUGGGGGGUCUAACAGGAGGGGCAGAGGCAUCAGCAGAGGGCGUGAAGGUCGGGUCGAGGAGAAUGGGUUCGAGGUGGCUCCUGGAGAGAGACGGGGAGACCCAGGACGCAGGGGGCGGGGAAGAGGGACAGGGACUCGUGGGAGAGGAAGAGCAGCUGCUGGCAACAGAUUCUCCACCCAGGGAAUGGGUACCUUCAAUCCUGCUGACUACUCUGCUAACUCUGGAAAUCGGCAGGAAACAUGGGAAGGGGAUGGCAACGAACACGCAGAGGGAGCCGGAACAUGGACAGGCAAUGUAGAAGACUGGACUUCAGAGGACUGGAAUGAAGAUUUGUCUGAGACCAAGGUAUUCACUGCCUCUUCUGCUCCAGUGAACCACAUCACACCUGGACAAAAUGUGGACUUGGCUAGCCUGCUACCCAAGGCUGGAAUGACUUCUAUGGACGCUGAUUUGGGGGUGAUAGUUGAUGGCCCCUCAGCCGAGGAUUUGGGCCAAAGCCUGGUGUUUACCAAUUCCCACCACAAUGGACGCACUGCAACACACAGCUACGCACACGCCACAGCCAACAGCUAUGCCCAUGCCGCCUCUGCUGGCACCACCUACGCACAUGCUGCACUGUCCUCUGUCCUGGGUUCUGGGUUUGGGUCCCUUAAUGCGCCUAAGCCUACACCUAGCUCUGACAUGAGGACUUCAGAGCAGCUCAACGGCCCUCGGCUUGGCCAGAGAGUCGGCCAGACAUUGGCCACAACCAGCAACAGUAAUGUUUCCAAAGAUGCAGGGCCACCUCCAAUACAGAACCCUGCUGCUGCCCCUUCUCCCUCUGUCGACGUCAAGCCUCAGAGGGUUGAGAACGGCCCUGUUACUGCCCAACACUUGGAGAUGAAGCUUCAGCCAGAACCAUCAGCGGUGCUUAGUCAGCUAGCUCAGAGGCAACAACAGUCGUCCAUCCUCCCCACCACAGAGCCUCUGGGCCUGUCCCAGUCACAUGCUCCACAGGUUCCCACACCACCAGGUCAUGAGUCCUCCAUCCCUCCCAUGAGAGAUGGAGCCUCUCCUGGAGCCAAGCUGCCAGGCAUGGAGCCUCCAAUCACAGAAGCCCCUCAGCGGCAGCUAAAGGCCCAAAGACGCAGAGUACCUCCUCCCUCAAAGAUUCCGUCGUCAGCUGUGGAGAUGCCAGGCUCUGCAGAUAUACCUGGCCUGAAUCUUCAGUUUGGAGCUCUUGACUUUGGGCCUGAGGCUGGUAGUGGAACAGUAGACAUGGCACAGGCAGAGUCGGCCAGAGAGCAAGCCCCUGCUCAGGCCCCAGCUUCAGCAGCUCCGGCACCCAUGUCUGUCCCAAGCACUGUUCCCAUUCAGCAGCCACAGAGCAGCCUGUUCUCCAAACCAGGAACUGUGAGUGACCACAUGAGCAGUUUACCCACCUUACCUCCAGCUGUAUCAGACCCCAGCUUCCCCUCACCAUCCGUGGGCUUACCCAGUGCCACGCCCUCCCCUUCCCUGGGUCUUCCUAGUGCAGCCGCUCCACCUUCUUCCUCAGCUCCCACAGCAGCCAACCGGGUGGAGAGCAGUGGCCCAAGGACCCUGCCACCUCACCUGGGCUACUCUCAGAGCAAAGAUAUACAGUCAGCAGUUACCAUGACGAAUGGCUACAGUGGGAUGAAGACUCAGAGCACACAGGACACAACGUCAAGAACAGUGAAAACGGAGUCUCCUGUCAUGACAAGUGACAGUGGUCCCAGCCACCACAUCCCCUCCCCUGCAGUUACACCUUCCCACUCCACAGCAAUGAUGUCGCUCAACAGUCACGUGACCAGUACUCACUCGUCUGGAUCAGCCCUCCCCACAAGCUCGUCUCUCACUAUCAGUCAUGAGGACAGCAGCAGCGCCAACCUCCAUGCAUUUUCAUCGUCGUCCAGCCAAGUUGUCAAUCCUAGUCCUGCUCCCCAGGCUGUCAGCAGCUUGACCACCAAUGGUUUGCACCUAUCUGGAGCACCAGGACUAACUCCUAAUGGCUCAAACGCCACGCUGUCGGCUGCAGUCAGCCGCACGGCUCCUCUGCUCACCGCCACAUCAGGAAAAGCUCCCCCAAACUUGGCCCAAGGAGUGCCGCCUCUACUGGCUAACCAGUACAUCAUGGGCCCUGGUGGCUUGCUCCCAGCAUACCCGCAGAUCUAUGGAUACGAAGAUUUGCAAAUGCUGCAGUCUCGUCUUCCAAUGGACUAUUACGGUGUAACAUUCCCUGGUACCACGGCCGCUAUGCCUGGAAGAGAUGGCCUGGCUAAUAAUCCAUAUACUGGUGAGGCAACAAAGUUUGGCAGGAAUGACGCUUCGUCUCCUGCCCCCCCAACCAGCCUGUCCACAGCUGGAGUACAGUCGCAGGCCCAGCAGGCUCCACAGGCAGGAUCACAGGGGCAGGGUCAGGGACAGAGCCAGGGUCAGCAGCCACAGAACCAGGCCUUCCUGAACCCUCCUCUUCCCCCAGGCUAUGGAUACACUGGUCUGCCGUACUACGCUGGUAUGCCGGGGGUUCCCUCAGCCUUCCAGUACGGCCCCACCGUCUUUGUGCCUCCUGCUUCAGCCAAGCAACAGACGAUGGGCCUGGCCAACCCCUCCAAUCAGUACCACCAACAGCAUCAGCCCAGUUAUGGACAGCAUGCGUACAGCACAGCCUUUGAUGACCUAUCUCAAGCCCACGGUGGGGAGUACAGUAAGGGAGGGUACGGAGGCUCUGCCCAGUCGCAGGCCAAGUCAGCGGGCAGCGGCCCAGGGAAAGCACCAGGACUGUCGGGGUCGGGGACUGGUGGAGUACCAGACAUGGGAGGUUCAAUCUACAGCAAAACUCAGUCAUUUGACAAGCAGGGCUUCCACACAGGGACACCGCCUCCCUUCAGCCUGCCUUCAGCACUGGGGGGAACAGGGCCCCUGAAUCCUGGUGGAGCUCCUGGCUACGCCCCUGCUCCGUUCCUGCACAUCCUGCCGCCACACCAACAGCCCCACUCCCAGCUACUGCACCAUCACCUCACACAGGACGGACAGGGUGGUCCAGGUCAGCGCGGUGCGUCCAGCAGCAUGCAGCAGAAGACCCAAGGCAGCAAGUCCAGCUAUGGCAGCUCCCCCUACUGGGCCAACUGAGCAGUGCUUUCCACCACCCUUCCCCAAAAGGCUGUGUGUGCGUGUGUGUAAAGCUUAAAGAGAAUAAAAAACAAAGACACACUACCCUCACAAUGAGCAACCAUGGGCCUCCUAGCCCCGCUCCCCCCACCUCCACAAGUCCUCAUAAGUCUUUUGGGUUCUCUCUUCCCCCCCCUUUUCAAAAUUGGUUGUACAUGUAAGAUAUUUAUGUAUGUAUUUAUAUAUAUAUACUGUAUAUGUAAUAGUAGAACAUGAAAUGUGGUUGCUGCAUUUUAUUUUUUGAAGGACUUUUUGUUUACUUUUUUCAAAGCUGCAGGAAAAGAUGUUACAUAAAGAAAGACAGAAUGGGAUGAAAAUGCUGAAUCCGAUGGUGAGAGUGAGUGAAGAAGAUAAAGGAUCUAAAACUUCCUGUAAGAAACCAGAAAAAAGGAAAACCGAGAGAGCUUUAGCACUGAUUGCAUAUGAGGACAUUUCAGAUGGGGGUGGGGUUUAUAAUAACUAACUGCAUCUGUUUUUCUUUCUUCCUUUUUUUAUACAUAAUGCCCUGAAUGACCAGGUUAAUCCCCCCCCAAAAACUUCAUUUUGUAGAUUCCCGUCUCUUCCCCUCCUUCCUUUCUCUCCCUCCCCCUCCAGAGGGCAGUCUGCUCUCCUCGUUUCAACACAAGCCGCAAACAGGGACUUGCCCGUCUGAAUUUUAUAUUUUAAUUUAAUUUUAACCAUGAUUUCCCUCGAAAUAAACGUUCUGAGCAGUUGGAAAUAUUUAA